GCACCGAAAAUCUCCGUGUUUUUUCACUGCUGUUGAUGCGCCCGAAUCCGCCCUCCGGGACCCCGCUGCUCGGUCCACACAGCCGCUGAAGGCUCGUCUGAUCUCCGCUGCGGGCGUUAUGCGCUUAAACGAGGCCUACAUGCUGAAACUGUCUUCUUCUUCGUCCUCCUCAUCCUCCUUCUCCUUCCGUGCAUGAAUCUCACCGUGAUGGCUGAUGAACAACAACAACAACAGCCCGGUGCUCCCGGAUCCGCGCUACAGACCCCCGAGGCGACGGCGCUGCAGUAUAACAAGAUCAAGAAUUCAAUUUGCAAAUCGGUGCAAUCAAAAGUGGAGAGUAUAUUGCAAGAUGUUGAGAAGUUUACAGACAUCGAAAAGCUCUUCCUCUACCUCAAGUUGCCUUCUGGUCCCAGCAGUGGCAAUGACAAAAGAUCUGAAAAUCAGAGGGCGUCUGCCAGUCCUCCAAUAUGCGACCAGAAUUCAAUGUCGUCGAGCCGGACUCAACAGAUGUACGCGUUCAACUGGAUCCGGAAUCACCUGGAAGAGCACCCCGAAACCUCACUGCCAAAACAAGAGGUGUACGACGAAUACAAGAGUUAUUGCGACAAUCUGGGCUACCAUCCUUUAAGUGCAGCUGAUUUUGGAAAAAUCAUGAAAAAUGUUUUUCCUAACAUGAAGGCACGCCGUUUGGGCAUGAGGGGGAAAUCAAAGUACUGCUACAGUGGACUGAGGAAAAAAGCGUUUGUUCACAUGCCGUCGCUCCCGAACCUGGACUUACACAAAUCGGGAGAUGGGUGUGAGUUGUUGGAGUCGACGGGUCAGUCUCCCAGCGCCGAGGAUGAGAUGCGCUCUGCAGCGUGUGGUCUGGUGUGCGAAUGGGCCCAAAAGGUUCUGAGUCGGCAGUUUGACAGUGUGGAGGAGCUCGCCCGCUUUCUGCUCAACAGUCACUAUAUCGGCACAAAGUCAAUGGCAGCCCUGACUGUUAUGACUGGAACCCCAACAGGUAUGAAAACCCCUACGCCAGCCUCUGCGUUUGUGCCGACUGGCGAAGCCAACGCUUUCCAGCCACAAGUGAAGACCCUCCCUUCGCCCUCUGUAGAUGCCAAACAGCAACUGCAGCGUAAGAUCCAGAAGAAGCAGCAAGAACAGAAGCUCACCUCUCCUUUGCCUUCUGAAGCCCAGGUCAGGAGGGCAGAGGCGGGCACACCAGUUCCUGGAUCCAGCCUCACAUCUGGUGGUUCUGCAUUAUUGUCCCCUCAACCAACCAUAGGCAUUGUGGUAGCAGCAGUGCCAAGUCCGAUCACAGUUCAGAGAAACAGACAACUGAUGACCUCUCCAAGUCCUGUCGGGGCGGCAGAGGGAAAAGUUGUACCUGUUAACUUCCAGGUUGUGACACAAUCUGUUAGGCAGUCUCCAAAAACACUCCAGAAUGUCCCUGCCAGCCCAGUCGGUGACAGGUUGGCCAGACACCGUUACGCCCAGAUUUUACCUAAACCCUCUGCCACAAGCGCAAUUGCACUUCGCUCACCCCCAACGCUCCUCAUCACCAACAGCCCCAUCAAGACGGUGAUGCCCACGCCUCAUGUUAGUUCAGUAAAUGUGGUCAAGAUGACUGCAAUAUCGCUAGCACCCAACAGUAGUAGCAGUAGUAGUAGUACUCCGACCCCAUUGCGACCCGCUUCAGCGGGCAUCAGUAGCACAAUUUCCCAGGAAGAGUUGAACCAAACCCAGCAAGCUCAGAAUGGUGGACCUACCACCACGUUUCAGUCACCUGGUGUCGGGAAAGCUGGGCGAACUUUCAUGACCCCAACCCCAUCAGUGUCCACAACAACCAGUGAGGUCAGGUUUACAUUUGAAGCUGUGAAUGACUCAUCUACUGCUGUUGACAAACAAAGCACUGUAUCAGGGGCAGGUACAGGACAAAAGAAUGAAAGAGCCACUAAAUUUAGGGCUUCCAGUGAACCAUCUCUUCUUGUUAAGGCAUCGCCUGUGCCUGAGAGAGUAUCCAGGGCCAAGAGUGACUCAUCAACCCCAUCAAGUACAAUCAUGGGGGCAGUUGCCCCAUUCAGCAAUAACAAAAACAAUCAUCAGCCGGAAAGUACUUUGUAUUUAACCGUUACUAGCCAGAAUGCAGAUGCUGAAUUGGCAUCCAUUGGUAUGUUGACAACUGCAAGCACUUCUCCCAAAGAUGCUGUUCUUGGUCUGAGAAGCCCUCGAAAGCGUUCUGCGUCUAGUUUGGAAAUGCAUACCAUCCCAGUUAAAAGAGUAUUCAUUUCACAGCAACCUCUGGAUGUUGGCAACAAUACUAGACCUGGUCUAAUCAUAGCAGCUAAGAAGAUCCAGAGACCAGGAACCCCAGCGAGACCAGAGAGUGCUCCGUGCAAAGUGACACUGAGACAGAGUAGCUCUCUUCCGUCUCAAAUCCUGGCUCUUUCCGAUACUCCCAUUGGAACCCUGGCCACCUCUCAGACUGUUAAUCCUCAGAGCUCUUCACAAAUGGACAAUGAGGUUGCUGAAAUUAGCGCUAAUGAAACAGCUUCCGGUAAUAGCACAAUUUCAGAUCACUCUUUACUGCAGCAAAUCACUAGUCACCAACGGGUCACCAGUGAAGUUUCUCAGGAGGCAUCUGCUGUAAGUGAGCUUAAGAGCUCAUUACAAGACUAUUCGCAACAGAUACAAGCAGAACACAAGCAGAUUGUAGCUAAUCCCUUACCGUUGAUGGCCCAAGCAUCAGAGGCCUCUAGUCAGCUCACUCUUCAACAGGACAUUGUUGAUUUUGCAGGAGCUCAAGCUAGCAUUGACUAUUUCCCCUUCAAUGAUGAUGAUAUGACCCAGGAUAGUAUUGUAGAAGAACUCGUACAGAUGGAGGAACAAAUGAAGCUGAAUAGCAGUUUGCAAUCCUACCUAAAUUGCGUAGACAUAUCCCUAAAAGGUCAAUCCACAGUUUGCCAAGGAACGAUGAUGUCGCCCCAUCAGACCAGUACACAGUUCUAUCACUCCUCCCAUAGUUGCGCCACACCGAUCCACACGCCAACACCUACGCCCACCCCGACACCAACUCCGACUCCAACUCCUACCUCUGAGAUGCUACCAGGUGGGCAUAGCUUGACCAGAGAGAGUCCUUGUUCCAGAAUGGCACCUGUAACCCCUGUGGAUAGCAUCUUGGGUGGACGCCACACACCCAUCAGCACUCCUCUCUCAAACUGCAGCAGCAGUGUCCCUCCAAGCCCUGUUGAAUGCCGUAACCCAUUUGCGUUCACUCCUAUUAACUCGAGCAUAACCGGUUAUCAUGAUGCAAGUGUUGUGUCAAGCAGUCCAGUGAAACCCAUGCAAAGGCCGAUGGCAACCCAUCCGGAUAAAGCUAAACUAGAGUGGAUCAACAACCGGUAUAACAGCACCGCAGGCUCUCCUGUUAUCUCGAACAACAAUACCAUUAGUAUCCUGCCAAGUUACCAGGAUCUGGUUGAGGAUCACUUCCGCAAACCACACGCCUUUGCCAUCCCAGGUCAGUCUCUCCAGUCUCAGUCAAGGCAACAGGAUGGAAAUUUGGUAAGGUUGAUGACUGUUUCUCCUGUGCCACAAGGACAGCAAACAGCCCUUAGCAUCAAGAAUGAAAGUUUUGCUGUCCCAGCUCCGUUGGACAACAAAGGGACAGGAAGCACAUCUACAUCAGGCAGUGGAACUUUCCGGUGUCGUAGUGUCAGCCCGGCGGUUCGUCAGCGCAAUCUUAGUGGCACCACUGCACAAACAGUCACAACCCUGAGAUCUGUUGUGUCUCCCUUUAAUUGCCCCCUGACAUCUGAGGUCCUGAGCAUUCUCUCUAACAACCAAUCAGUGGUCAGUGCCAGCAGCUUAGCCCAGAGGAGCCAAUCCGUGCCACUAAAUAUCAUGAUGCAGUCUGAGCUGUUGCCCGUCAGUCACCAGGCACAGCAAAGCAAUAGCGCCAAGAUCACCACUGUGCUCCUCAGCAAGAUGGACACGGAUGGAGAUGAUGCAGUGCGAGGACUGGGCGUCAAUAACCUUCCUGCAAAUUACACAGCAAGGAUGAACUUGACCCAAAUAUUGGAGACCACACAGGGCUUUUCUGGAGGCCCCAAUCAUCAGAACCAGCAACUGCCUCUGAACUCGAGCCCUUCACCUUUUGACUUCCAGAAGACUGGUUACCUCAUAAGCAUGGAAGAGGAACAGGUUACCUUCUCCUGUGGUGACAACCAAGCACAAUCAGGCUCCGGGCUGCAGCAACAAGAAGUGCAGCUUCAGCUUGAAGAACAACAGUUGGAGAUGCAAGAUCAACAGCUCCAGAAUCAACACCUGCAUCUUCAAGAUCAACACCUGCAACAUCAGGAUCAACAGUUGCAACUCCAGGACCAACAGUUGCAGUUGCCGAACCAACCAGAGUUACAAGAAGAUGCAGAACUCAACAAGCAGCACUUGUUACCCCAAACCUCGCAGCAGGUUGAUGUUGACCAGGAGCAACAAGAGCAGCUGGAUUUUAACAACACCGUUAAGGAUCUCUUGGGGGAGGACGGACUCAACCCCAGUUCACAACUCGUUGGACAAGUAGCGUCAGAGCUCAGUGCUGUUGCCUCUGACUUCUCCAAUGAUAUCCGGUUGACCUCGGAUCUCUCGAGUAGCAUUAACGACCUAAACACUUUGGACCCCAACUUGCUGUUCGACCCCAGUCAACAGCAGGACCAAUAUGAAGACGCCACACUGGAAGAACUGAAGAACGACCCUCUGUUUCAGCAGAUUUGCAGUGAUACUGUGAACUCCGCUGGAUUCGAUUGGCUGGAGAACAAAGAUCAGCCAACGGUGGAAAUGUUGGGAUAGUAUUAUUUACUGUUUCUUUUGACGUUGUUGUUGUCGUUUAUAUUUAUGGCUUCUGUUGAGCUUCUUUUUUUUUAUUGUGUAAUUUUGUGUAUCAAAAAUUGUCGAAUGAAGUGUUUGUGCAACAAAAAUCUGGACGCUUUGGACUGUCCAGUAUAAAGUGCCAGACUGAAGUUUCUGUCAGGCAUGUGCUUUGAUCUUGUUUUGUUUGUAUUUCUGUCGUAUGAUUUCACAGAUCAUUGCAGUCAUUUCCGUAUUUUAGAAGUGUUUUACAGCGACAGUAUAACAAGUAUUUUCUCUGGUUCCAACUGGUAGUAAUGUACAUUUAAUAUGGUUAAUGGUCUGCACUUAUGUAGCGCCUUUUUAGCCUUAGCGGUAUUCAAAGCGCUUUACACUGCGACUCAUUCACACAUUCACACACCAAUGGCGGCAGAGCUGCAUGUAAGGUGCUAGUCUGCCAUUGGGAGCAACUUGGGGUUCAGUGUCUUGCCCAAGGACACUUCGGCAUGUGGAGUCGUGUGGGCCGGGAAUCAAACCACCAACCCUGCGAUUAGCAGCCGACCCGCUCUACCACCUGAGCCACAGCCGCUAGCAUCUAAGCAAUAGCGCCAAGAUCUAAUCACAAUCAUAACUUGAUUAUUUCACUCUCUUUUAUAUUGGGGUCCACCACAACAUAGUGGACAAUGAAAACCUGCAUGCGUAAUUCGCUCUUGUAUUUCAACCAAAUGCAAUAUUCCAAGUGACUUUGUGAUAACUCCCUUUCUAGACAGUCGUUCAAGUGUCUUUUAUCGUUGCUUUGGGAGUGCGGCAGGUUGUCCAAUUGCAAAGGAGUGUACCCAAAUAUCGCAAGUACAGCGGAGAUAUCACAUUUACAUAUCGCAAAUCGUCAGUUCAGUGAACUGCAAAGAUUUUAGGUGCUACUUGGUGCUGACUUUGAAAAUCGCGUUACCGUUCAUCAGCCGUUUGCUUUGACAAAAUGAAUUCACACAUUUUGGGCAAAAAGGUAUUUAUGGCCAUAUCACUUGUACUCUUAAAUUGAAACUGUUGGGGAGGUUUGUUUGUUUGUUUGUUUGUUUUGGCUAUAUAUAUGUUUAAAAAAAGUAGAAGAUGAAGAGAAGACUCGCUUGCCUUAUUUCUAGAGUCUUAAGGCCUUAUUCCGCUUCAUAAAAUGCUUUGUUGGGAUGCUCUGAUGUAAGUGUUCUGGUUUUAACAGUUGCUUAAAAUAACGAUCUAGGUGCACUUAAAAAAAGGAUCUUUUGUUGUGAAUUAACAGUGACGUUUCCAGACAGGGCUGGACUGGUCCGACGCACUUUGGGGCCAAUCAGGGGCGGACUGGCCAUCGGGAGAACCGAGCAGGGGCGCGAAAUGGGCCACGAUAAGCUAAAAUGAGCCGCCGCGAUAUGCAGAAAAGGACAGCCUUUUGGGACAGUUGCUAUGUAAAAUCCCGGGCCGUUUUCUCUUCCCAGUCCAGCCCUGUUUCCAGAAUGUUUCAAACUAACUCCGUCCACCUUUAUUUAGUGCAUCAUUUCAGAUUGCUAGUUUCUAUGACUAUGGUAUGGUGAUGGCUAGAUAUUCUUUACAAGGAUAUAUGACUAACUUCAAAGAGCAAACCCGUGUUGCUUCUCCAGCCUUAACUCCAUACCAAAGAGAAGCUGUCGAAGAACAAGUAGAGAUUGUGAUGUGUUGUUUUUAAAGGGAUCUUGUAGGACUAGUAGGACCUGUUUUUCUUGGUUUAGCGGAUUACGAUAAAGAGUAAUUCCUCGAUGAAUUAAUAGUUGUCCAAAUGAUGUAUAUGGACACGUCGGAUGUACAGAUAUAAGUAUGGAUCGGGGGUGCAUGUUGUAGAAGAUCAUGAAGGCUGAAUUUGGCUUUUCGUAGACGUCAAAUGUAGAGCCACAUUUGUAUAAAUCGGUCAUCGUGAUAUUCGCAUUUUAUAAGACGCUUCGGUAGAUGAGAGUGCCCUUACGGAAACAGGAAGUGUCGAUCAUAGCGAGUGCAAAGCAGCACGAUUAUUCCGCUUUGUUACGUUUCUGGCUUCUGUGAUUUAGUCUUGCUGUCUGUUGCUCUGUAACUUGCUGAUGUACCAUUUUUCGUAGGAGUAUAUUUGGUUCCUGCAUAGGCAGAUGUGAUGUGUAAAUGGAGGGAGGAUAUUAUAGCAUGGAUUUAUUGACUCUAAGACGUUAGAGUCGUCAAUGUAAAGGCGUUCGUUUUAUCGUGACCUAGCUUAAUGUUAAUGUGCAGAGACGUAAGAGCAGACACUGGAAAAGGGGUUUGAGAUUCGGAAAACAUACAGACAUGCAUUUUUAUUGCACCGAAAGUUCCGUUUUCCGUUUGUCGUUUCUUGUCGAAAACUGUCGUUUUAGAUGUUUUAAAGGAGCAGUUUCGCCCCAAAAAUGGAAAUUUGCGAAUAUUUUCAUACAUUUUCACGUUCGGGUGUAACUGCUCCUUUAAGGACAAAGUAAACAAUUGGUGCCCGCUUUGUUUUUCUUUAAAAGACGAUACAUUUCAAAAGGGGAAUUACAUUGAACGAUUGCCUUGUGUAGCGAUGGGUCCUUAUCUCAAUGAGAUCGGCCAUGUACAACUUCUCAUAGCUGAGAGUAAAAUAUGAAAAUAAAAGAUUUUAAAGAAACCAACAUGCAUCACCAUGUUAUAAAAUGACUAUAUGUGCACAUGUGUGUUAUCCUAUCUACGGUGGUAUUCGUUGUGACCACUCCCUUAGCCAAUCAGAGCACUGGUAGCGUUUGACCAGCGCGAGAGGGGGUGAAAAAUGAGUUCUUCAAAAGCUAUAUGCAUUUUAUGAUGUUUACUAAGUUAAAAUGAGUCUUUAUGUUUAUUAAUGUCGUUUUAAUUGGUUUGUUUUUUUACAUAAAUCUUCAAUUUGCUUCUUUUUGUAUAAGAAAAAAUGCCAAUGUGAAGAAAGCUGUAAAUAUGUUCUUUGUUCCGGCAUUUAAUAAUGCACUGAUUACCGUUUUAUUACUUUAUUUCUGUAAAUGUACAAUCCUUUUUUUGAUACACCGGGAUUGAUUCUGCAGUGGGUCUGAUGUUGUUUGUCAGGACGUCCCGUAGACAAGCGUGUCCAUUGUUUCUGUCCGUUUGGAGGUGUAGCUUUGAGCGCUGGUAUUAUUAUCUGCUGUAUGUGGACAGUAGCCUGUUAAUAUUGCUAAAGCGUAUCAGCUGUUUGUUUUCCUUUUCUCUUUUGUUUUUCCAAUGGAAAGUACUCACAGGUGAGAUUUUUUUAAGUGGUUUUAAAA